AUGUUGAGAAGCAUAACGACAAGACUAACGAGUCCCAUUUCGGGUUCGUUGAGAUGUCUGAGUGUUGCAUGCUGCAACACUCAGAUGGCAGUGCCAAUGGGCAUGCCAAUGGGCAUGCCCAUUGGUAUGACUGCUGGCAUUCCAACUGGGUCUCUAGGACUCCCAGUACAGGAAAAUAAUCAUAUGACUGAGCCUAUCGUCAGUAUCACGGAUCUAAUCAAGAAACAAGAAGAGUACAGAAUGGACAGUGUGAUGAGGAAAAGGAGGACCAAGAUGAAGAAGCAUAAGCUUAGAAAGAGAAGAAAGAGACAAAAGGCCGAGAAGAGAAAGCAGAGCCAGGGAUGA